CCACAACUAAGUCUCGACCGCGCCAUCUAAACUGAACCCUAGAUCCCCAAAUCCUCCAUUCGUGCGCCGCUCCGAUAUCUCCCGGCCGCCUCUCCACCGCGUCUCCACCCAGCACGUGCUCCGCUCGACCUCCAGCCCCUGGCGGCGCUACCGGUCCGGCGAGGACGACCUGCCCUCACUCGUUCGACUCGCACGCGCUGCCACGCCGUUCUGCCGCCACAACGUGCAGCUGGGCGGCGGUGCUCGCAUCUGGUCGCCAACUAAGAGCCCUGCCGUUCCGAAGCUGCCGCGGUCGCUGUCCGCACCAAGCUGCAGCUCGUGGUGACUUUCGGCUGCAGCUCGUGGUGAUUUUCGUCUACGCCCAACCCAGAUUCUUGGUCCUGGGAAUUCACGACCUCUCCGGGGCAGCACUGGAAUCGGCUCUCUGCUUGUCACUACAUCACUAACCUGUUGGAUUUUGUACUGAUCCGGUAAUUAAGUGUUGAAAUAAAAUGGAUAAAAGUUGGAUGAACGCGGCUAGGCAUACAGAGGAGUACAUACAAGGGCUAGCUAGAUUCUUGGGGUAUGCGUUUGCUAAAUCAUCGGUUGAGAACAAAAUCUUAUGUCCUUGCAAAAACUGUGUGAACUCGUACUGGAGAGAAGAAAGAAUAGUUCGUGAGCACCUGAUAUGUGAGGGUUUUACUGAAGGAUAUAGCCAAUUGAUUUUUCAUGGAGAGAGUGGCUCUUCUUCUCAGGAUCCACUAAAUUUUUAUGAUGUCCAAGAGAGGGAUGAGGGUGAUGAUAUUUCUGCCUUGCUAAGAGACCUAGGGGGUGGUUUAGAUGAUGAUAGGGGAGAAUUUGAAGAUGAUGGUGGUGCAGAUCAGGAUGAUCCUUUCUUACAAUCUCUGCACAAGUUGGAAGCUGAAUCUAGACAAGAGUUAUAUCCUGGCUGUAAAAACUUUUCGAAGCUCCGUUUCCUAGUUAGACUUCUUCACACCAAAAUGCUGGGAGGGUGGUCUGAUAAAAGUUUUAAUCUUCUAUUAGAUCUGCUUAAAGAGGCUUACCCUGAGUCCGCAAUACCUAAAAACUGCAAUGAAGCUAAAAAACUAGUGAAAUGCAUGGGACUUGGGUAUGUUAAGAUUGAUGCAUGUGAGAAUGAUUGCAUUCUCUUUUGGAAAGACAAUGCCAGUGCCAAUUCAUGCCCAAAAUGUAAAGCCUCCCGAUGGAAAUCUGAAAGAAAGCAUGCAGAUGGGACACGUGUUCACAAGGUUCCUAAGAAGGUUCUGCGAUACUUCCCCAUAAAGAAAAGGCUUCAAAGGUUGUUUGCAUGCUCUAGAACUGCAGCUCUCACAAGAUGGCAUGCAGAAGAUCGCACGCAAGAUGGUUUGCUUAGGCAUCCCGCAGAUUCUCUUCUUUGGAAAGACUUUGAGGACAAAAAUCCAAAAUUUGCUAAAGAUAGCCGAAGCAUCAGGCUUGCACUAGCCACAGACGGUUUUAACCCCUUUCGUUCCAUGAAUCUCAGCUAUAGCAUAUGGCCUGUCCUAAUGAUUCCAUAUAACUUUUCUCACAACAUGGUUAUGAAGCAACCGAAUUUUAUAUUAUCUUUGUUGAUUCCUGGCCAAAGAGCUCCUGGUAGUGAUAUUGAUGUCUAUUUCGAGCCUCUAGUUGAUGAUAUGCUAGAUAUGUUUUUUGAUGGUGUUAGGACCUAUGAUGCAUCAAAAGGGGAGUUUUUUCAGUUGUAUGCUGCCAUAAUAUGCACAAUUACAGAAAUGGUAGCACGUCGAGAAGCUGAACACCGCAUGAGCACUUUGGAGGAGCAGGUGCAACAAAUGGAGCAACGAAUGAACAAAAUGCAAGAAAUGAUGUCACGAGGAGGGCAACAUUUGGAGGCUCCUAGCUCGCAAAAUGGUUCUAAUUCUCGACAAAACUCAAGAGCUGAAAUUGAGGAAGAAAUUGAUGGCGAAGACGGCGAUGAAGAGGAAAGCGAAGAUGGCAAUGUUCAGAGAAGAAAAAUUGUUGCAAAUCCAGGAAACUCUUCAACCCAGCAAGAUGAAAGCCUUAUUGGGAUGGAUGUGCUUCUUUAUGCAUGGACUGGUCCUGAAACUCCUGUUGCUAAGGCAACAGUUCUCUCGGUCGAUCCAGACAUAAUUGUGGGUGGGGAGCCCCUUGGACCUGGUACUUAUGAGGUUAUUGUGAAUGUUGCCAUUAAAAGGGAUACUAUUCUUCCAUAUCAGUGUGAGGAUUUACUAUAUAUUAGAGAUGCUGUCACAAGGUCCAUUGCAUGGCCAUCUAGCAAGAUAAAGCCCUACAAACCAGCGGCCUCUACCUCAUCUCGCCGGUGAUAAUUUCAGUUGAUGUGUCCCUUCAAACAUGCGAAACCAAGUAGCUGGAUGUUUCCCUUCAAAGAUGGAUUGUGAAACUUGGUCAUAUGGUAGUCAUGGCUUCCAUUUUGUAAUCCUGUUUAGAUGCUGGUAGUCGGACUUCUAUUUUGUAAAACCUACUUAUGGGGUGACAAGGAGUAUUAUUUUGUGAACUUGACUAUGUUGUGAUCAGUUGAGAUAUUAUGAACAAUCAGUAUUGUAAGAUUUUUAUGCAUAUUAGUGUGUCAUGUCUGCUAUUCUUUUCUGAUA